AUGUCGCAGUACUCUGGAAAGAUCACCUUCUAUGAGGGGAAAUGUUUCACCGGCAGGAAGCUGGAGGUGAGAGGAGAGUGUGACAACUUCCAGGAUCGCGGCUUCAUGAACAGGGUGAACUCCAUCCGUGUGGAGAGCGGAGCCUUCAUCUGUUUCGACCAUCCCGACUUUAAGGGUCAGCAGUACAUCCUGGAACACGGAGAGUACCCAGAAUUCCAGAGGUGGAAUUCCCACAACGACCACAUGGGCUCCUGCAAGCCCAUCCGCAUGCAUGGAGAGCAUUACCGCAUUGAGCUGUUUGAGGCCAUUAACUUCGCCGGUCAGUGUGUGGAGGUCACCGAGGACUGUCCCUUCCUCCAGAGCCGUGGUUUGUCCAAGAACUGCAUCAACUCUGUCAAGGUCUACGGAGACGGAGCCUGGGUGAUGUACGAGGAGCCAAACUUCCGUGGUCGUAUGUACAUCGUGGAGAGAGGAGACUACAGCAGUCAUAACGAGUGGCAGGCCCAGAACCCCAACAUCCAGUCAAUCCGCCGAGUUGUCAACUACUUCUAAACACUGGCCUUUGACCUUUGAACCUAAGCUCCCCCU